UACCAGCCCUGGUAGCACAAUCGAUAUGCUGAUAGAAUUUAGGGAGUUUUGUUUUCAGAUUAGCCUUAGCCACAGAUUUCCCCCUGUCUGACCCGGGAUUCGAACUGGCAAACCUCCAGGUGGCUCACCGCCCAGAAGGUUAUUUUCUCCAGUCAAUGCUCCAUCCAGUUACUGCUACAGGAUAUGAGUUUAUCCCCAAUAGGCCUAUCAACUAUGGGGAGAUCCCGCUGAAUUGGUAAACCUUGGGAAACUAGUGGAAUGACACUGACAACACCAUAUGAUCAACCGAUUAGAUCACAGGUGUCAAACUCAUUCCAUGGAGGGCUGAGUGUUUUCUCUCCUCUAUUGUACUUGAUUGAUGAAUCAAGGUCACUAUUUAGUAAGGAACUCCCAACACCUGGUUAUCUAUUGCUUAAUUGAAAGUAAAAAAACUGCAGACACUAAACCCUCCAUGAAAUGAGUUUGAAAUCCCUGGAUUAGAUCACAUGCAAACCUUUUUUUCCUCACAACUUCCUGGUGCCAAAUGCGCUCUAUGCAGAAUUCGAGGAUUGCGUGUCAUUUUGCCAUCUCUAGCAGCGUUUGUGCUAGUCCUAAAUUCAAAUCAGAAAAAAAACAUUUGGCAUCGUUGACAUACUAGAUUAAUCCAUAGCCUAAACCGGGGUAAAACAGGAAUUCUAACAUUAAGUGAAUUAAAUCAAUCAUAUAUGCCUUAAUUAACAUUGAACACUUCAGUUACGUAGGCUACACUAAACCUUUAAUAUCUUAAAGGUGUUAGUUUUAAAAAGUAGACCGUCAGAGCGCACUGUUUCAGUUUGCAAACAGGAAGGUAAAGAGUUAAUUCUUAUACGAAAGGGAAAGCCCCAGUUUCGCGGAUUUGGUUAUGUGAAUGAGAGAGAGAGAGACAGAGUUUACGGACUAUUUGAUUCGUUGCUAUAAAAGAAGGAACAUAAUAGCCUAUUGAUUUUCUUCAAUUGCCUACUACCUGCAGUUAUAUUGCAGGUGUGUUACCGUCAGUUAGGUUAUUCAAAAGUCUUAUUUAUCAUUCUGAACAUUUACUACAAGUCAGUUGUGUGAUUUAAUUAAUUUAAGAAACUUAAAUUAGUAUCAGUUUACACUAAUUUUCUCAAAAGGAACAUUUAUGGAUUUGGAGAAUAGCCUCGAGCCAUUCUUGUAUUGGCAUGGCAAAUUACAUUAUUAAACUCCCAAUGCAAAACAACAUUUGCAUAUUUUCGUGGAGAAGGAGACUGUGCCUAGGCUAUAGAAAACAUACAUUGAAUUGACAUUUGAAUCACUGCUAUGUUUUGAGACGACAAACACCCGAGGCUGAUUCCAGGAUACUUGAUUCGUGUUCAUGCCGAGGACCAUGACCAUGAACGGUCACCAGACUCAACCCACAGCGCCGCUGGAUCUGAGCACCACAACGAGGGAGCGUGGGAGCGGCGCCGAUAGGACUCCCACCAGCAAAGGUCGCUCCGUCAGUGUAAGAAUGCAGUAUCCCGCUGCCCCCCUCACCGAGGGUGACUGUCCAAACGGAAAUCCCAGCCACACAGUGGAGCCGCUGGAGCAUCGUUGUGGAGUAUCGUUGAUAAAACCUCCUGUGAAAACGGGAAACCCGGCUUUUCUGGAGAAAAAACACUCCCCAGCUGCAACUUCUCACACGCCAUUCACUCCGAACCCUGGUGAGAGCAGCACAACAGACACACGAACACAGAACAUAUCUUCCUCGUGGCUUCCUUUUAGGAAACGUCCAUUUCCUUCUGAAUGGGAGACGCCGGAACAGUCACGUACCCCACCCGGGAGAGAGGAGCGCUUAUCCCCCUACAAAAACAAAGACUUGUGCUGCAGACCGAGUCCUCCAAAUAUUUUAUUAAAGAGCUACGACGAUGAGAGCAUUGGUACCCUGGCAUCGGUCUCACACAGACAAUUGUCCGCCGCCAGCGGUUUUGACAAUGAACACCAAAGCAUCGAUCCGGUUCGUUCAAUGCAAGCACCCCGUCCUUACUAUCCCUAUCCAGGGUACCCAUUCUACUCCUGGCCCAGCAGGUCACCGCUGGUUGUGAACGUGCCUGUCUCUCACCUCCAGUCCUCUCUUUACCCGGGACACACCGAACACCUGCUGGCAGAUGUUGCCCUGGCGACGCGCCAAGACAACGAUGGCGACACGGCUCUUCACAUAGCAGUGGUGCAGGGGCAGGACGCUCAGAUCCAAAGAAUGAUCCUUCUCCUGGGACUGGUUCACACAGACCUGGACAUCUACAACAACCUGAGACAGACUCCUCUUCAUCUGGCUGUGAUUACCCAUCAGGCCCACCUGGUGGGGGCGUUGCUGCGUGCGGGUGCUGACCCGCAGGCUCUGGACCGUAACGGUCAGACAACGGUCCACCUCUGCUGUGAACACGGCCAGCAGGCCUGCCUCUCUGUGGUCCUUUCCCAUCCCUCCAUCUUGACUUGCCUGGAGGUCAGGAACUAUGAGGGCCUAUCCCCUCUCCACCUAGCUGUACAGGGUGGACACAAGGAGCUGGUCAGAAUGCUGCUGGAUGCUGGGGCGGACAUCAACGCUAUGCAGGACAUCAAGAGUGGCCACAGUCCUCUCAUACACGCAGUAGAGAACCACAAUAUGGACAUGGUGCACUUCCUCAUAGAGAAUGACUGUAAUGUGAAUGGCCAGUCGUACAGUGGGAACACGGCCCUGCACUGUGCCUGUGGGCGAGGCCAGGUAGACACAGCCAGGCUGCUACUGAAGAACAGAGCCGACAGCAGUGUGAAGAACUACCACAAUGACACCCCCGCGAUGGUGGCCAAUAACAAGAAGGUAACAGAUGUACUACGAGGGAAGGGCUCCAGAAACCAGCAGCCCAAAGCUCAGUGUGUACCAGCCUCACCACACAGGAYCACACCCCAGUCACAGAACAGAGGUUCUCCAUCUCCCAGCCUAGGCCUUUCACCAUUGGCCACUCCUACAGCUUCGCCUCUUCACUGCAGCUCGUCCCAUUCCCCCAGGGCACCUCCCACUCCCUCUCCUCACAGCCAAUCAGCAGAGAGCCUGUCAGGCCGUCAGUCUCCAAUGAAGAUCCGGGAGAGCGAGCAGCUGCCGGUGAGGCUCGACUCUAACAGGAUGACUGCAGUGGACAUCAGCCUGGCCCAGAGAAGGUCCCACAGCUACCCUCCAGCAAUGCACCACCAGUCCCCCAUCACUGAUGCUCCUAUAGGACAUUUACUAGCCUACUACUCCCCUGGAGUCCAGAGACAUCUUUAUCCAGAGCCUCCCUUUAUCCUCCUCCACACCAACAUCCCUUACCCAGCCACUGUCUCUACUGCCUCCCAAAUGACCCCUGGCCAAUCCCGGCCCUCCAGCCAAUGCAGUGACCAAUCAGAUGUCUCCAUCAUGAGUGUCAGCAGCAGCAUGGGCAAAGGUAACAGUUGACAAAGAGGUGCGCUUUCAGUGUCCCUGCUGAGUUAGGUUCCACCACUGUUUGAGUUAUUGGUUGGUGACUAGAAGGACUUGAGCUUGAAACAAGAAGAUAGUUUGUUUACUACUGUUGGACUAUAGAGCCUAUGCCAGUAUGAUUAUGUACCUCUAGAUCUCAGCUGGAUGUAUUUGUCAUGUGACUGCAUUAGUCUCCUUACAAAUCCACAUGCAAUGAAACCUACACUGGAAGAAUGAACGUUAUUGCAGUUUCCUGAAUAGACUUAAUUCAGAACUGUUAUCACCGUGUGUGAUGGGCUGUUUGGAAACUGGAGUUCUUGAAUGCUGUCACCUUAAUUGAAAUUCAUGAUGCUUUUUCUUUUCUGGUUUACUUUGAAUAAUAUGUAUAAUUGAUAAAUAUUUUUCUACAUUAA